UUCGGCGCUUUGUUUACCUUCGUCAGUGCCAAUAAAGUCUGCGUUUUGUGUACAAAUAAAAGUGCGGUAUGUUCAGAUUUUCAUAAAAAUCUCGAUGUUUUCCCGAUAGUGGUGGUACACAGCAUUGUCCCCGAAAUAGGAAAACCCAUUGCCCCACACUGAGGAAACGCUGGUUUACGCUGGUUACGCAUGUGCAAAAAACUUUGUGUCCAGAAAGCAGAAGGAGAUGCAAAGGAUACACUAAAACAUGCUGUUGACAAUCAAGCGCAGCCGCUUAGUCAGAUCACAAUACUUGUUCCGUAUGGUAAUGCGGCGUGCCGAACGUAUCACACGGCAAAGAUGAGCUCUAAACGAAAGGAAGCACCACCCACCACGCCGGAAUCGCCGCGGGAAGCUAAAAGGAUGAGAUCUCCGGAAUGGCAAGGGGCGGACCGCUGGAAGGCAACUUCGCCUUCCGUUGGGCCCUCGUUCAAAGCGGCAACACCGCAAUCAAAAAUAGCGCACCGUUUAAGUCAUUCAUUCCAAUCACCCAAACCGGGCACACCGGUAACAGUGACGACAUCCGCACUGGACACAAAACAAACGAAAGUGGCCAACGAAGCAAAGACGGGCCGAUUCGCUACAAUACCUAGCAAACUGCCCAACACUGCCAGCGUUUCGAGCAAAGCGGACAAACCGCUGUCAACUAUUGUGAAGGCCAAACACAAAAAGGCAAAGGGUUUGCCAGUGCCAUGGCGAGCGGAGCUGUACGGUACCCGGCCCGGAUCGGCCCAGGCCAGACUGGAGCAACUUUGUACCGCCCUGCACCAGGAGGUAGAGGAGCAAAAAAAGGCAAAGGCUGUGACAAGCGUCCCGCUGAAACGUACCGCCCCGAAUGGGGACAGCCCUCCAAAGAAAAAGCUAGCAUUACCAUCAAGCUUUAAACAGUCUAGCUCUACAUCUACUGUUACUCGUGUUGCCACCGUUCCUGCCACUAUCCCCGUUGCUGCUGUAACACAUGCAGCCACCAAACCCGUCAGUAUUACAACUGGCACCGGGGCAGCUUGUGUAGCAACAAGCACAUCUACUGUAGCAGACAGCAAUGAGAUGGAUGUGGAUGAUGUAGAAAUGAACAGUCCCGAGCCGGCUGCACUCCUUUCUCCGCCCAUACCAGCGAACGAUAGUAUGGACUGUAUGGAGUUUGACUACUCACCAGAACCAAAAAGGGUACAACACAAAUCGACGAGCGACUCAAAACCAUCGACCAACGAACAGCCGAAAAAGGCUGAAAAGCAGAAGGAAACGAACAAUGAUUCGCAGAAAGCAAUGUCCGACCUGAAGACCAAAUACAAAGAGGGACUGAGUGCGUUUCCUAGCUACUUUUACUGCGUAAUUGACACCAACAUUUUCAUCGAGCAUUAUCAGGACUUUCAGAGCUUUCUUUCGAAGAAAUACAAAGGACGUCAACCGAUCGUGAUCAUACCGUACAAGGUGCUGCACGAGCUGGACACGGUGAAGCACAAAAAGCCGCAGCUAGCCUCGAAGAUUGUACCGGUGGUGAAAUUCCUGCACAAAAUGCUGCGCGCCAAAGAUGCACGCGUCAAGGGGCAGCACCCGUGGGACGAUACAAUCGAGCUGAUGCCAUUGCUGUCGCCGGAUGAUUCCAUCGUAAACUGUGCGCUGCAGGUGCAAACGGUUGCCGGUGACGCACAGGUUGUGCUGGUAUCGAACGAUUGUAACAUGCUGACGAAAGCGUUGGUCGCAAACUUAAACUCCUGUACGAUGGAGGAGCUGCAAUCGGAUUACAAUUUCUAGCAACCCCUUAGACUUAGAUAGGUAGUUAGUUUCAGUGCCUUUCAAUGUAAAGAUGUAGGAAUAUGGUAGGAGUUGCGUUUUGAUUUGGCUGUCUCUGGCCAUUUCGCUGUUGAAUUAUCCUUUUGUGCUGGUACACGUUGUUAAUCUAUACGUUCACUGUUUGUACAUCGAAUUCACUUUAUUUUGUUUAAUCCAGCCAGGGGUAAAUUACAGAAUUUGUUGUUAUUGUCCUGUUGCAACAAUGAAAAUAGGACAACUUCAGCAACGAGCUCAGCCACACCUAACUGGUAAAUAACUUAUUUUCUUUGUUUCAAUCUUGCGUUCUCGAUGUUAAUUGGAUGAAUUUUGGUAAUGGAAAUAAUUGCUCAGGAAUGAUACAGAAUAGCCAUAGGAAGAAUUUUCAUACAUAUACAUAUCUGCUCUUAUGGAAGAGUAAUUGUAAAAUACAGCUAACGGCGGACGACCUGACUGGAUUAAAAAUGGUCUGCAUGAAUUUGAAGUCUUUCAGAAAGAUUGAAUAAACGGAGAAUAAACUGUAUUAUAAUGUUGACAAAUGACCCACGCUUUU